AUGCGCCCGCCGUCAGCAAGCGCUAAGCGGGCACGAGGGACGCCGCCACCCGUGCGCGUGCUCAGCGAGGGAGAGGCGCUUGCCAAGCCGUCGACUGAUGAUCGGAGCUACAGGCUGGUCGAGCUGCCGAAUGCGAUGCGCGUGCUGCUGAUAUCCGACCCACAGAUGGCGACAAAGGCGUCCUUCGCCCUCUGCGUGGGCGUGGGCUACCUGAGCGACCCUCCGAAUGCCAACGGCCUCGCCCACUUUGUGGAGCAUAUGGUCUUCAUGGGGACCGAAAAGUACCCGGACGAGAACGAGUGGGCGGCCUUCCUGAGCUCGCACGGCGGAGAAGACAACGGCGAGACGGACGCGGAGACGACGUGCUUCUACUUUGACGUGCACCCAAACUACCUGCGCGAGGGGUUGGACCGCUUCUGCCAGUUUUUUGCGGCGCCGCGCUUUGCGUGGGGCUCGAGCGAGCGCGAGGUCAAGGCGAUCGAGUCCGAGUUCCAGCAGGCAAAGACGUCGGACAGCAACCGCGAGGCGCAGGUCCACGCGGCGCUGAUCGACGAGGCGCACCCGUACAACACCUUUGGCUGGGGCGACCGGCGCUCGCUCGUCGAGCGGCCGGCGGCGGCGCGCGUCGACAUGCAGCGCGAGAUGCGGCAGUUCCACGCGCAGCACUACUCGGCCGGCCGCAUGAGCGCCGAGCCGCUCGACGAGCUGCAGCUCUGGGCGCUCGAGUCGUGCGGCGCCAUCCCAAACAAGCAGACGAGCAGGCCGCGCUUCUCGUCGGGGCCGCCGCCGUUUGCGCCGCACCGGCUGCCGCUCGAGGUCCGCGUCAAGCCGCUCAAGGACGUGCGGCGGAUCGACUUCAGCUGGUUCGUGCCGUCGCUGCAGGAGCACCACCGCUGCCGGCCGGCAGAGUACGUGGCGCACCUCCUCGGCCAUGAGGGCGCGGGCUCCUGCCUCGCCGCACUCAAGGCGGCCGGCCUGGCGACCGACCUGUCGGCGGGGCUGCAGGAGGACACCUCCGCCGCGGCCGAGUUCGCCGUGUCGGUCGACCUGACCCCGCGCGGCGCGAGCGAGCUCGACUCCGUCGUGGCCGCCGUCCUCGCCUUCCUCGGCUUUCUCGUCCGGGCGGGCCCGCAGGCGUGGGUGCAGGAGGAGCUGCGCGGCCUCGCGGCCCUCAGGUUCAAGUUCGCCGAGAGCGAGCCCGAGGUUGACUACUGCCGCCGGAUCGCGCUCUCGAUGGCGCAGCCCUUCUACCCGCCCGAGCCGGACGCGGUGCUGUCCGGCGACCACCUCCUCUCCGCGUGGCGGCCGGAGCUGGUCGAGGAGCUCCUCUCGCGGCUCACGCCCUCGAGCCUCCUCCUCACCGUCGUGAUCGCCGAGAGCGGCGCGGCGGGCGACGGCGGCGACGCGGCCGGCCCCGGCGGCGAGUGGCAGGUCGAGCCAUGGUUCGACACGCAGUUUCGCGUUUCCCCGCCCCUGAGCGCCGAGCGGCGCAGUCUGUGGGACGAAGCCUACGCGGGCGCGGGUGGCGGUCCGGGCGACGCCCCUUGGGCCGCCUUGUUUGCGUUGCCGAAGCCGAACCCCUACAUCCCGACCGACCUUUCCCUCCUCUGCCCGCCGCCCGCCGGAGGCGCCGAUCCGUCGAGCAAGCCUUCGCCGCCGUCGCUGCUGGAGAGCACGCCGUCCGGCUGCGUCUUUUGCUUGCCCGACAGCCGGUUCUUCGCGCCGAAGGGUGUGGUCGCGCUCGAGAUCGGUACGCCGGGCGCGAGCGCGUCGAUCGAGCGGCGACUGUUGGGCGAGCUGGCGGCCAAGGUGUGCGCCGAGCUGCUCAACGAGGAGAGCUACUCGGCCUCGCUCGGUGGAUUGGGCCUCGAGAUCUUUGCCACGCCCCGCGGCUGGGCGCUGCAGGUGGACGGCUUCUCGCACAAGAUGGCGCAGCUCGGCGUGCGCGCCUGCGAGACCCUCGCAUCGCUCGCCACGCGGGGAGACGACGCCGAGGUGGGCGAGGCGUUCAGCCGCGUGCUGCAGCAGUACGAGCUGGGGCUCAGCAACGCUUGCUUCAAGGUCGGCGAUCGCGCGCCGUACGAACGUCGCCGCGUGCUCGAGGCCUCGUUCUUCCACUACGACGACAUGCUGCGCGCGGUGCGAGGGCUCACGCCGCAGCAGCUCGCCGGCUUUGUCGCGGACACCCUCGGCGGCGGCGCCUACAUCUCGACCUAUCUCGGCGGCAACGUCGACGCGGCGGUCGCCCUUUCUUUCAGCAAGGCGAUGCAUGCCGCUCUCGGCUCUCCGCCGCCGCUCCAACAGAGCGACGUGCACGCCAACACGGUGAUGCUGCUUGCUGACGAGGGCAGCUGUUGGCUGGUGUGGGCGGUCGGCGCGAAGAACCCGACCGACUCCAACUCCGCCGUCGAGACGUACUGGCAGCUCGGGCCGUCGGAGCACGGCUUGUCCGCACGGCUGACGCUCCUCGAGCAUUUGAUGUACGAGCCUCUUUUUGACGCGCUGCGCACGAAACAGCAGCUCGGCUACACGGUGCAUUGCUGCGCGCGCAACACGUUUCAGAUGCUCGGGUUCACCGUGACGGUGGUCUCGGCGACGCACCUCCCGCUCGAGAUCGAGAGCCGCAUCGGUGAGUUCCUCGCUUCCUUUCUCGACUCCCUCGCCGCGAUGCCCGCCACGGAGUUCGCCAAGAAUGUCGAGGCGGCCGUGGCGAACCGGCUGCAGCGCGACCGUAAUUUGGCAGAGGAGGCGGCGCGCUACUUCCCCGAGAUCGAGGCGCGGACUUUCGUCUUCGACCGCGCCGAGCGGGAGGCGGAGCUCAUGCGGGCCACUUCGCAGUCGGAGCUCGCGGAGUGGGCCCGGCGGGCCCUCGUGGGAGACGAGGCUCGUCGGCUCUCGGUGCACGUCCACAAGGGAGGCGCUGAUCCCGCGGGCGAGGCACUGCCCGAUGGGGCGCUUCGGUUUGAGCUCGAGACGGAGAAGGCCAAGUUGUCGACAUGGACGCAACCCGACGAGCCACUGCCCCCUCUCGCGAUGUAG